AUGGAGCCGCGGGGCUGGCUGCCUCUGCUCCUGCAGUUGGGCCUGAUGUGGCCCCUGGGGGCUCUUUCUGAGCCCCGACUGAGGGUAUUUGUGGUUCCCCACAGCCACAUGGACGUGGGCUGGCUGCACACCGUACAGGAGAGCAUGCAGGCUUAUGUCACCAACGUCUACAACUCCGUGGUGGAAGAACUGACCCUUGAGAAGAAGCGCAGGUUCAUCGCAGUGGAGCAGGAGUAUUUCCGGCUGUGGUGGGAUGGUGUUGCCUCGGACGGGCAGAAAAGCCAGGUCCGCCAGCUUGUGGCUGAAGGUCGCCUGGAGUUUGUCCUCGGAGGCCAGGUCAUGCACGACGAGGCCGUGACCCACUUUGAUGACCAGAUCCUCCAGCUCACAGAAGGACAUGGGUUUCUCUAUGAAACAUUUGGGGUCCGGCCACAGUUCUCCUGGCAGGUGGACCCAUUUGGUGCAUCCUCCACGACCCCUACCCUGUUUGCCCUGGCGGGCUUCAAUGCCCAUGUCAUCUCCAGGAUCGACUACGACCUGAAGGAGGCCAUGCAGGAUAACCGGCAGCUGCAGUUCGUGUGGCGAGGGUCCAGAUCCCUGUCGGCGCAGCAGGAAAUCUUCACACACGUCCUGGACCAGUUUGGCUACUGCUCUGAGGGAUUUAACUGGGAUGGCGAAGCCAUCUUCCCAGGUACAUCCCUGGAUGACAUGUACCUCCAAAUGCAAAUCCCUGUCACCGAGGACAACAUCCAAAUAUUUACCAGUCUCCUGGUGAAGAAUGUGUUGACUCGAGCCACCUGGUUCCAGACACCACAUGUCCUCUGGCCCUGGCCAAACCGGAUGGAGCACCUGCUGUGCUCCCAGAGGAGAGAGCUUGUGAGCCCCGUCGGAGUCAGUGUCCACCAUGCGGAGAGGGGGGCCAUCCUGCAGAUGAAGAGAUGCUAUUGCUAUGCAGGCUGGGCUCUUUACCCAGAAGGGCUGGACAUUGUUUCUGUCCCCUGGCUGCAGGGAUGUGACAGGCAGUUCUUCAACGCCUCGCUGCAAUUCACCAACAUGGACAUUGUAAUGGAUUACAUCAAUAGUCACUCAUUGGAGUUCAAUUUAUCAAUGGAGUAUGCCACGCUCGGCGACUAUUUCCAGGCUGUGCACUCUGACCAAGUCGCCUGGCAGGUCCGAGACCACCGUGACUUCCUGCCCUAUUCCUCGGACAUGCAUCAUGCCUGGACUGGAUUCUAUGCCUCCCGAAGUGGGCUCAAGGGGCUGGCAAGGAGAGCCAGCAGUCUGCUGUACGCUGGGGAGUCCAUGUUUACUCGCUAUGUGCUGUUGGCUUCCCACCAGUUCCUGGACCCGGCCUGGGGCCUGCAGCAGCUCCAGCAGCUCCGCUGGGCGGUCUCCGAGGUCCAGCACCAUGACGCCAUCACUGGAACUCAUGUUCCAAAUGUGGGUGACAUGUUUGUGGAGCACCUGAGCACUGGGAUGCAAGGGGUGCACAAUCUGAUGUCCCACAUCAUCCAGGACAGGUUUCCAGCCCACUCAGGCCCAGAGCCUGGGGGACACUUUGCAGUGGUCUACAACCCGCUGGCCUGGACGGUCACCACCAUCUUCACCCUGACUGUGGACUUCCUCAAAGUCAGCAUCACAGACGAGUCAGGCCACGCUGUGCCUGUACAGGUCCAGCCCUCGAAGGAGAUGCCCUUUGCCUAUGACCUGUAUGUGCUGACCACAAUCCCAGGACUCAGUUACCGGUACUACAGCAUCCGCCCCAGCAGGAGUUCCCAGGAGAAAACUGGGGAGCCUGAGCCCUUUGUGGCCAAAACCAUGCAGUUUGGAGGCCGGCUCAGGAGACUUGCCGGGCAAGUGGGCCGGAGCCUGGUGCCUGUGAAAAAUGACUGCUACAUCGUCUUCCUGGACCUGGACACCAACCUGAUGCACAGCGUCUGGGAGAGGCAGAGUAACCGAAAGGUAUACAUGACCCAGCAGUUCAUGGAGUAUCACACAAACAGUGAUGUCUGGAAAGGCCCUGUUUCAGACAAUUAUGUGUUUACACCCAGCGGUGCAGCAGAGCCAGCGUGGGAGGCUGUGAGGAUGGAGAUCGUGGAGGGGCCGCUGGUCACUGAGAUCCGGCAGUACUUCUACAGGAAGGUGAACGACAGUGAGCCCACAUUCACCAUCUACUCCCGGCUGGCUCACAGUCCCCAGGGCUCUGACGGGGAGCUGCUCUGCCAUCGCAUAGAGCAGGAGUACCGGGUGGGCCCCUUGGAGCUGAACCGUGAGGCCAUCCUGAGGAUAAGCACCAAGCUGAACACGGGGCGGGUCCUCUACUCGGACAACAACGGCUACCAGAUGCAGCGCAGGCCCUACAGGGACUACAAGAACAACACCAUCGCUCGGAAUUACUACCCCAUGGUGCAAUCGGCCUUCAUCCAGAGCAGACGCAGCAGGCUGGUGCUGCUGUCUGAGCAGGCACACGGCGUCUCCAGCCAAGGGAACGGGCAGGUGGAGGUCAUGCUCCACCGGCGGCUGGUGAACAACGAUCCAGGAAACAUGGUUGUUGACCUCACACUGAACGACACCUCAGUCGUCCAGCCAGUGCUCUGGCUCCUACUGGGAUCCAGGGCCCUCACCAGUGGCCUGCGCCAGAGGAGUUGGCUGGCGCUGCAGCACCGGCCCGUCGUGAUGCUCAGAGAGAUCAACGAGAUUGUCCCGCGUGGCUCAGGCUCCAGGUGGCAGGAGGCCGUGACGCUGCCCCCAAGCAUCCACCUGCAGAUCCUCAGCAUCCCCGGCUGGAAGUACAGCUCGAACCACACAGAGCAUCUGCGGACUCUCCAGAAAGACCGAAAGCACGAGGCCAAGGCAGACCUCCGCCGUGUCCUGCUGCGGCUCCAGCACCUGUAUGAGGUGGACCAGGACCCGGUGUUGUCUCGGCCUGUGACGGUGAACCUGCGGUCUGUGCUGGGGGGACUGGGCUCCGUGGUGUCCGUGGAGGAGCGCUCACUCACAGGGACCUGGGACGUGAAUGAGAUGCGUCGCUGGACCUGGAGCACGUGGGACCCUCACCACCACAGAGGCAACUCCAGUCAGCCCUCGCCACCACCAGGAGGCCCCGAGGUCACCAUCUACCCGAAGGAGAUCCGGACGUUCUUCAUUCACUUUCAAGAGCACUGA